CUCCGCCGCGGCCCCCGGGCUGUCGGGGGCGGUGACAGCUGUCGGCGCCGCUGCUUUCGGGGCGGGAGGCGGAAGCGCCUUCCAGCUCGGCUCUCCUUGCCUCCUAGAUCCGCUUUCUGGAGGGCGCGCCCGGCGCGGGAGAGCCCAGGACGAGGACAUGGCCCCCGAGCCCCGGGAAGCAAGGCCUCAGAAGGAGACUCAAGGAGCACUUCCUGCAUGGGGCACAGCGCAUAGUGUCGGUGACGUUUGAAGACGUGGCUGUGCUUUUCACCCGGGAUGAGUGGAGAAAGCUGGAUCCUUCUCAGAGAAGCCUGUACCGGGAGGUGAUGCUGGAGAACUAUAGUAACCUGACCUCACUGGGAUUCCUACUUACCAAACCGAAGGUGAUCUCCCUAUUGCAGCAAGGAGAAGAGCCCUGGAAAGCAGAGAAAGAAAGUUCUGGAAGCUUAUCUCUUGGAUGGAAGCACAGCCACAGCAUCGCACAGUCAACCCAAACACAGGAAUCUUCAUUCCAGGAACUGGUAAUGAAAAUAUCCACAAGAAAUGGGCCCUGGCACCUGAAGUCAGAAAAACCUUGCAUAUAUGAAGGCAGAUCAGAGAAGACUGGAGAAAAGAACCCUAAAACCAAUGAGCUUAGCCAGAAUUUCAGCUCACAGUUUAUUGUUCUUAGGCAACAGAUAGUUCUCAGAGAGGAAAUGCCAUCAACAUGUGAAAAACAAGGAAACACUUCCAAGCAGAGUUCAAAUUUACCUAAUCAACUGAAAGUCACAGCAGAUAAACGCUAUAAAUGUAGUAUCUGUGAGAAGACUUUCAUUAAUACUUCAUCCCUUCGAAAACAUGAGAAAAACCAUAGUGGAGAAAAGUUAUUUAAAUGUAAAGAAUGUUCAAAAGCCUUUAGCCAAAGUUCAGCUCUUAUUCAACAUCAAAUAACUCAUAGUGGGGAGAAACCUUACAUAUGUAAAGAAUGUGGGAAAGCCUUCACUCUAAGUACCUCCCUGUAUAAACAUCUGAGAACUCACACUGUAGAGAAGUCCUACAGAUGUAAGGAAUGUGGCAAAUCCUUUGGCAGAAGGUCAGGCUUGUUUAUACAUCAGAAAGUCCAUGCCAGAGAAAGCCCAUGUAAGUACAACCCAGGCAGGAAGGAAUCUGGUUGCAGCCCAUCCCUUCCUGGUCAGAGGAUUCAUUCCAGAAAGAAGACCUACUUGUGUGACGAAUGUGGCAACACCUUUAAGUCCAGCUCGUCCCUCCGUUACCAUCAGAGAAUCCACACUGGAGAGAAACCUUUCAAAUGCAGUGAAUGUGGAAGAGCCUUCAGUCAGAGUGCAUCACUUAUUCAGCAUGAGCGAAUUCACACUGGAGAAAAGCCCUACAGGUGUAACCAGUGUGGAAAAGGCUUCACUUCUGUUUCACGACUCAACAGACACCGAAUAAUUCAUACAGGAGAGAAGUUUUAUAAUUGUAGUGAAUGUGGCAAAGCCUUAAGUUCCCACUCAACGCUUAUUAUUCAUGAGAGAAUUCACACUGGGGAGAAACCAUGUAAAUGUAAAGUGUGUGGGAAAGCCUUCAGACAAAGUUCAGCACUCAUCCAACAUCAGAGAAUGCACACUGGAGAAAGACCCUAUAAGUGUAGCGAGUGUGAGAAAACAUUUAGGUGUAACUCAUCCCUUAGUAAUCAUCAGAGAAUUCAUACUGGAGAGAAACCAUUCCGAUGUGAAGAAUGUGGGAUGUCAUUUGGUCAAAGUUCAGCUCUUAUUCAGCAUCGAAGAAUUCAUACGGGGGAGAAGCCCUUUAAGUGUAAUACAUGUGGGAAAAGUUUUAGACAGAGCUCCUCACGUAUUGCACAUCAGCGCAUCCAUACUGGAGAGAAGCCCUAUGAAUGUAACAUAUGUGGGAAACUUUUCAACCACAGGUCAUCUCUCACUAAUCAUCAUAAAAUCCAUGUGGAUGAGGACCCUUAGAAAGUAGGUUUGCAUGUGUAAGAGCCUCAACCAAAGCUCAGCAGGGAAUGCGUACUUGACGGUGUUGUAAUGAUGGUAGAUACUUUCAAAAUCUUAUCAGUUCAGUCAUCAGCAGAUACCACAUCCAUGGAUAAACUGAAUGAUUGGAGGAAAAUAUUCAUGCCUGUCAGACACUUUUAAAAGAUCCUGUAAGAGCCAGGCACAGUGGUACAUGCCUAUUUUCCCAGCUAAUCAAGAGGCUGAAUUGAGAACAUUGCUUAAGGCUACAAGUUUGAGGGAAGCCUGGGAAAACCUAGAGAGACCCCCCCACCUCAAAAAAUAUUAGUAACCUGAGAUAAAGAAUCCACAACCAAAUACAUUGACUUUGGGCAAUUGUAAAAUAAAGGCAUUAAUUUUUCUUUCCCCCAUCCCA